AUUCUCUUUGCAGAAGCCGAACGAACACUAUAAACCCAAAGGCAUUUUCUGGGUUUCUUCGUCUCUAGUAAAAUGGGAAGAACCGAAGAACUCUUAGAGGAACUUGUCAAUGUUGAAGUGGAGCUUCAAGAUGUUCAAGACCAAAUAAAAUAUCUGCUAGACCGACAAGAGAAAUUGCAUGAGAGACAAUUUGAACUUAAAGCUCUUGUGGAAAGUUGUGAAUCAUCUAGUGGCCCGGGUUCCGAUAAUGCUGCUGUUCCAGUAGAUGAUUGGUCCAGGCCGUUUGAGUGGGACUCUCAAGCUGAUGACAUUAGGUUUAAUGUUUUUGGCAUAUCAAAAUAUCGUGCAAACCAGCGAGAGAUAAUAAACACAAUAAUGAGUGGAAGGGAUGUUCUAGUAAUUAUGGCUGCUGGAGGGGGCAAGAGUCUUUGCUACCAACUUCCAGCAGUUCUGCGGGAUGGCAUGGCUCUUGUUGUCAGUCCUUUGCUUUCUCUUAUUCAAGAUCAGGUCAUGGGGUUGGCAGCUUUAGGCAUCCCAGCUUUCAUGUUAACCUCAACAACUACCAAGGAGAAUGAGAAGUUCAUAUACAAGGCUUUGGAGAAGGGCGGGGAUGAGCUUAAAAUAUUGUAUGUUACACCUGAAAAGAUAUCAAAGAGCAAGAGAUUUAUGUCAAAACUUGAAAAGUGUCACCAUGCUGGUCGUCUUUCUCUAAUUUCAAUUGAUGAGGCACAUUGCUGUAGCCAGUGGGGCCAUGAUUUCCGUCCAGAUUACAAGAAUCUUGGUAUAUUAAAGACUCAGUUUCCUAAUGUUCCCAUGGUCGCUCUAACACUGGACUUGGAUGCUUUUUUCCAGGCAACUGCAACAAAGAAAGUACAGGAUGAUCUGAUGGAGAUGCUUCACAUUCCAAGAUGUGUUAAGUUUGUUAGUUCAGUGAACAGACCCAACCUUUAUUACAUGGUACGUGAGAAGUCAUCUAUAGCAAAGACAGUGGUUGAUGAAAUUGCUGAAUAUAUUCGAACAUCAUAUCCAAAUAAUGAAUCUGGGAUAGUUUAUUGCUUUUCCAGGAAGGAGUGUGAACAGGUUGCACAAGAAUUACGUGAAAGGGGAAUUUCGGCUGAUCACUAUCAUGCGGAUAUGGACGUAAAUGCUCGUGAGACAGUUCAUCUAAGGUGGAGUAAUGGAAAGUUGCAAGUCAUUGUGGGGACGGUGGCAUUUGGUAUGGGAAUUAACAAGCCAGAUGUCAGAUUUGUCGUCCAUCACAGCUUGAGCAAAUCAAUGGAGACUUACUACCAGGAAAGUGGUCGAGCUGGAAGGGAUGGACUUCCUUCUGAAUGCGUUCUUUUCUUUAGGCCUGCUGAUGCUCCUAGGCAGAGUUCUAUGGUCUUCUAUGAGAAUUCUGGAUUAAAAAAUCUGUAUGACAUAGUACGAUAUUGUCAGUCUAAAAGAGAGUGCCGUCGAAGUGCUUUCUUCCGACACUUUGCUGAGCCUUUACAAGAAUGCAAUGGAAUGUGUGACAACUGUGCCUUUUCAAAUGAGAUGGAAGAGCUGGAUGUCUCAAGUCAUGCAAAACUCAUUGUGUCUAUGCUGAAAGAUAUACAAGAGAAUGAUCAAAGGGUUACAAUGUUGCAAUUGGUGGAAAAACUAAAGGUUAAGCAGAAGAACCUAGGUCCCGAUCUGAAAAAAGAUGAAUUGGAGCAACUUGUCAUCAAGCUUGUUUUGGAUCAUGUUCUUAAAGAAGAAUUUCAGCAUACAGCCUAUGCAACAAAUGCAUAUGUCACAGCAGGACCUCUGGCAAAGCAAGUAUUGCAAGGUAAUAAAAUUAUUACGGUUGAGAUGUCAACUAGACAGUCAAGGACCUCAAGCAGUAUGAAAUCAUCCAAACGAGAAAGAUCAACAGGAUUGGAUGAUAAGCUUGACGAGCUGCGAAAGGAACUCGCAUCCAUCCAUGGGGGAAUAUUCCCUCAUUCUGUAUUAUCUACACAACAAAUCAGUACCUUGAGUGGACAGAAACCAAAAUCAAUUGAAGAGUUGGAGAAGAUAAUUGGCAAGUUGAAGACUGAAAAAUACGGAAGCAGAAUUCUUGAAGAGAUUGCUAGUUAUGAGUCUGAUCCCCAAAAAGAUGCAGAUGGAAGCAAAGAGACCAAAGGCAAUACUGUUAAGAAGUUGAAAACCAAGAAAGCUCUUGUAGUCCUUGAAAGCAGUGAAGAUGAAACAUGAAUUUGUGUUAAUCUUUUUUAGAAAUAUGAUCAUACUAGUACUUAUUGUUAAUUUUGUUGGAUCACACUAGAUAUGUUAUUGAUCAUAUAGUACUUGUGCGUAAUACAAGUAUCUGAUGAAUGGUGAAUGAAUCUUUUGCAGGAAAUUACUCCAAAUGUCU